AGAUGAAUAGAUAAUUAAUGUAUUAAAAGGCAGGUCUUUAACCUUGUUCUUCAGCCGAUGUAUCCGACAAGACGGUUGUAGACAACAGUCUUUAUACCAGAGCAGACUGCUUUCAUUUAACAAACUUCAGCCAUUACAGAAAGAAGAUGACAGAAGACGAAAUAUAUGCAAAUGCUGAUGCCUUUCAGAUGAGUUGUGAGGUUUCUGUGGGAAAAGAGAGCAAUGUAUACGCCAAUGGCAGGCCUGAAGAUGCUGUAGUUUCCAAACCCUCUGCGGCUGUGAGGGACUACUCCAGAUGGGCUAUUGGGGGUCUGGGGCUGCUGUGUGUUCUACUGCUUGCACUCAGCAUAGGUGUGAGUGUUCAAUACAUGAAGGAGAGAGGCCAGCUACAGGCUGAGAAACAGCAGCUGCUAUCCAGCUACUUGGACAUCAACAUGGAGCGGGAUCAGUUACGGACCAACAACACCAACCUGACCAGACAGGUGGACCAGCUACAUGCCACCGAGAUCGAGCUCCAAGACCGAAUCUCUAAAUUGACAAAGCCAUGUCCCCCAGGAUGGGUCUAUCACUUCAACACCAAAUGCUACCGCUUCAAUCCCAAUCCCAAAAGUUGGUCUGAAAGCAGAGCACGCUGUCAAAGCCUUGGAGGAGACCUGGUGGUCAUUGGCAGCAGGGAGGAGCAGGAGUUCAUUCAUGGACUGGCUAGAGGGAAAAAUGUUUGGAUUGGCCUGAGGAGGGUGAAUGGAAAAUGGAGAUGGGUGAAUGACGAUGAAGCUUCCAUCACUUUCUGGGGUGGUGGGCAACCCAAUGAUGUCGGAGAGGAAUGUGUGGUGCUUAACUCAAGCGAAAACCCCUCACGCAACUGGCAUGAUUACCUUUGCAAUAUAACACAUGCUGGUAUCUGUCAGAUUUCUGCUUCAAUGUAGAACUUUAAGAAGAAAUGGCACCAAAUGGAAAUUUGAACUGCUACAGUAUGCCUCAUCAAAUGCUAUCUUAUAGGGACAGUUUGGUAAAUUUCAACAUGCAGUUGUAAUGCUCACACUACCCUGGACUUGUCAGUGCCUGAGAUUUUUUUUUUUC